AUGGCGAAUACAAAUAAUGUGACUGAGUUAAUUAUCCUUGGUCUUUUCCAGGAUCCAGAGGUGCAGAGAGUAUGUUUUGUGGUGUUUCUUCUUGUGUACCUGGCCACAGUGGUGGGCAAUGGUCUCAUUGUCCUGACAGUCAAUGUCAGUAAGAGUCUGCAUUCCCCCAUGUACUUCUUCCUUAGCUACCUGUCCCUGGUGGAGAUCACUUACUCCUCUACUGUUGUCCCUAAAUUCAUCACAGACUUACUUGCCAAGAUUAAGACCAUUUCCCUGAAGGGCUGUGUGGCUCAGAUAUUCUUCUUCCACUUCUUUGGGGUCACUGAGAUCUUCCUGCUCACAGUAAUGGCGUAUGACCGCUAUGUGGCCAUCUGCAAACCCCUUCACUAUACAACCAUCAUGAAUCGAUCUAUGUGUCGCCUUCUGGUGGCUGGCUCCUGGCUCGGUGGCUUUUUUCACUCCAUGGUUCAGAUUAUUAUCACUCUCCAAUUAUCUUUCUGUGGUCCCAAUGUGAUUGACCACUACUUCUGUGACCUCCAUCCCUUAUUCAAGCUUGCCUGCACUGAUACUUCUGUGGAAGGGGUUAUUGUAUUGGCCAACAGUGGAUUAUUUUCUAUCUUCUCCUUCCUCCUCCUGGUGUCCUCCUAUAUUGUCAUCCUGUUCAACUUGAGGAAUCAUUCUGCGGAGGGGAGGCGCAAAGCUCUUUCCACCUGUGCCUCUCACAUCAUGGUGGUCCUCUUGUUCUUUGGACCUGCCAUCUUCCUCUACAUGCGACCUCCCUCCACCUUCACUGAGGACAAACUGGUGGCUGUGUUCUACACGGUUGUCACCCCCAUGCUGAACCCCAUCAUCUACACACUCAGAAACGCAGAGGUGAAAAAUGCAAUGAAGAAGCUGUGGGGGAAAAAGUGAACUCAGGGAUGGAAUAAAUAUGAAAACAUAAAAAAAUUGUCAUGUAUAGGGAGGCCAAAUAUGCAUUCUGAUUUUAGUCAACUAUGAGGAAUUGAGGAAAAAUUAACCUAUUCAUAUUUUUCUGUUGUAUUUAGAUGAGCCCCUCAUAUUCCAUUGUACUAAUCAUAAGUGCACUAAUUCACUGAUGUCUGUAUUUUGGAGAACAUUUUGGAGAAGAUCACCUAGACUGGAAUUCCCACCUUAUCAUCUUCUACCUGUGCAACCUUGGGUUUAUUCAUUUUGCCUCUUGGUGUUAGCAUGCCACUGUGUGUGGAAAGUCUGUGGCACUUGGAGACAGAAGUUUAUGUUUUGCUUUGUCCUUGUCUUCUGAUGUUGUGAGGUCUUGUGGGAGUCCCAGGAAGGCUUGAAUACUUCAUUAGGGACCCUACUUAUUAACCUGAUUCUAAUGCCUGGAAUUCCAUAGUAGGAACUUUAUGGAAUAUGGCAAAGUAGGAACUUUCAUAGGCAUAGGAUUUUGUUAGAAUAGAAAUGUCUCGGGCCACUUGGAUGGCUCAGUGGGUUAAGCCUCUGCCUUUGGCUCAGGUCAUGAUCUCAGGGUCUUGGAAUCAAGCCCCGCAUCAGGCUCUCUGCUCAGCAGGGAGCCUGCU